UCUGAAAUAAAAAGCUAAACCGAAUUUGGAAUUUAAUUCUUGGCGCGACGCAUUCCAAAGGUUGUUGAGGCAUUAUUAUUGAAGGAGCAAUGAUAGGAUGGCAAACUGAGGGCAGCUAUCCAAUUUCUAUGGACGUGGUGUCUUGACGGUCAAGAUGAAUACCGGCAGAUUCGCUACUACCCAGCCAACAUAUAAUUUCAUAGCAGGAGUUUCCUCCCCGUCUCCUUCCCCUGGCGGUGGUGAUGGUGGUGGUAAUGCUGGGAAUCCGUCAUUCCGACAGAGUAUCCACUCGGGGCAACCACCAAUAGCCGAUGCUGGGAACGAGGAGCUACGCGUGGAAAUAAACACAUUGCGAUAUGAACUAGACAAUUUGAAACAGGAGCGGGACCUGACAGCUCUUCACCAUGAGAAGGAGCUUCGCGAAUUACAAAUUAGGGCAGAUGCUGAUUUUCGAAAGGCUCAGGCAGCCGAAAGUAGCAGCAACAGAGCCCAGCAUAAAAUCGAGUCACUCACAACUGAGCUGAAAACGGUGCAGGAAUCUGCGAUAAAUGAGAAGGCGGCCUUUGAUAAACGGAUACGAAACUUGGAAGAUCAUAACCGGUCGCUACAGGAUAAGAUUGACGACACCCAAUCCCAGUUGUCCGACCAGGAGCGACAAUACAAGCACCAGAUUAAUGAAUUAGAAGCAAUUCGAUCAUCACUCCAGAAAACCCUUGACGAAGUCCAAACCGAUCUUCAUCAGACCAAAGAUAGCCUGCAGGUCCUUCAGGAUAAAUUAACCCAACUGGAGGCUGAUGCCGGGGCACUUGAAAGUGAAAACAUUCGGUUAAAAUCAGAAGGAACGGAUUCAGGAACUCUCAAUGUCCUAAAACGUGAACUUUCGGAGCAAUUAGCACAUGCUAAGCGACUGGAAGCUGAGUUACGUCCGCUGCGAAAAUCGCAGAAGAAUGUUGAGGUUGUAGAAGAACAGAAAAAGGCACUUGAGAACCGGCUGCACUUAAUGCAAGACGUGGAGGUGGAGCUUAGAAAUGUACAAAUUCAAAAUCAAGCUUUGGAGGAUGAACGGCGGUCUUGGACCCGUUUGUUACAGUCGGACGGCCAAGAUCUCGAAUUCGAGUCACCCGAAGAAGUUGCACGAGCGCUUGUCGAAGCACGCAUUGAGAAUGCAUCAUUGCUCAAUAAAGUUGGGACUAUUCAGGCUGAGGUGGCUGAAAAGGCUGAGUUGGUGCGAAACCUGGAAACGGAAAAAUCGAAUCUUCAACAGGAGAUUGCAAAACUACGUGCAGGUAAUUCCGUUGGAAAUGGCUUCGAUUCUCGUGCGAAGACACGAUUAGAACGCCAGCGAACCCUAGCGAUGAGAGAGGUGGAAUAUCUCCGCGCACAGCUAAAGACCUUCGACGCAGAAGAAACCACGAUGAACGCAGACGAAACAACCUUCGAUCAGCAAAAAUCCGAUCACAUAGCGCACCUCGAGAGUCUCCUCAGCGAACAUCGUGAAGAACUUCAUAAGCUCCAUGAAGAGCUAUCAAAGCAAGAAAAGACACCUGUAGAGGAUACUAAUGCUCCACGCGGAGUUAAACGCCCUCUCUCGCCAGCAGAUAGCGACGCAGAAAGCGAAAGGCUCGCUGUGCUCACACGGAAAAACCGCAGCCUGCAAGACAACCUUUCAAAAGCAGAACAAUCAAUCGAGCUGCUCACACGCGAAUUCGAGGCUACAAAAUCCCACCUUUCCACCCUCCAAUCCCAAUCCCGAACUCGCAUACUUGAACUUCGCUCGAAUCCCACCGCGGAAGCUGAAAAAGUUAAAUUAUCCACUCUCGCGGUCCUGCGCGCUGAGAAUCGCGACCUCCUAGCCCAGCUACGCAACGAGCGCGCGAACGUCAAAGUCGUACCCCUCUCCACCCUCGAAAGCAAAGAAAUGGAGCUCCGCGAGAUGGGAAAGACCGUCGCGGAAAAAGAGAAACGCAUGCGACGCCUGAAGGAGAUAUGGACUGCAAAAUCGUCCGAAUUCCGAGAAGCUGUUGCGUCAGUUCUCGGAUACAAGCUUGAUUUUUUACCCAAUGGCCGUGUCCGCGUAACAUCCAUGUUCCAUCUUUCGCCAGCCUACCGGCACGGAGAUCGCGAUGCGUCUCCCGAUGCGAGGGGGCCUGGGAGUAUGGGUGAUGGAGAGGAGAAUUCUAUAAUUUUUGAUGGAGAGAAUGGGACGAUGAAGAUCUCUGGCGGUCCGAAUAGUCUGUUUGCGAUGGAGAUUCGGAGUCUGAUCAAGUUUUGGGUAGAGGAGCGGAAGGAUAUCCCUUGUUUCCUUGCAGCUAUGACGCUUGACUUUUAUGAUAAGACGACGAGGGCUGCUAGGGUGUGAGAUUGCGGGAUGUAUAAUUCAGUACUCUAUCCUUUUUCCCACUUUUCCUCCUGCUCGUUUUUUUUUUCGUGAACCAGAUGAACAACUGGCGUUUGCAUUAUUCUGCUAUGCUAUAGUCUCAUUCUGUCUCCUCUCUAAGGGUUGGUUGAUUCUUACUUCCUUGCUUUUCCCUUUUAGCCCACUGAGUUCUUCAACCUAUAGAUACCUGUUUUCUUUCCUAUUCUCUUUUGCUCCCUUUUAAAUGUCUCCAUGUAUGAAUAGGAGCCAUACCCCAUCAAUGGGGGAAACGUCACCAUCUUCAAAUGCGGAUGACAUGACCCGACUUUAAACAUCCAGUUCGAAAUCAUGAGGUCUCAACCCCUCCGGGGGGUCUGAAGGGGAAAAUGAUAAUAAUAAUAAUAAUAAUAAUAAUA